AUGGAUUCGGACCACUCAGCCCUGAGUGCGGCGAGGACCCUGUUCGUGGAUGUGGAGGAGCGCGGGCCGGAGGCCAUGGACGUGAAGGAGAGGAAGCCGUACCGCUCGCUGACCCGGCGCCGCGACGCCGAGCGCCGCUACACCAGCUCGUCCGCGGACAGCGAGGAGGGCAAGGCUCCACAGAAGUCCUACAGCUCCAGCGAGACCCUGAAGGCCUACGACCAGGACGCCCGCCUGGCCUACGGCGGCCGAGUCAAGGACAUGGUGCCGCAAGAGGCCGAGGAGUUCUGCCGCGCAGGAGCCAACUUCACCCUGCGUGAGCUAGGGCUGGGAGAGGUGACGCCCCCUCAUGGCACCCUGUACCGGACAGACAUAGGCCUCCCACACUGCGGCUACUCCAUGGGGGCCAGCUCUGAUGCCGACGUUGAGGCCGACACUGUACUGUCCCCUGAGCAUCCCGUGCGGCUCUGGGGCCGGAGCACACGGUCGGGGCGCAGCUCCUGCCUGUCCAGCCGGGCCAACUCCAACCUCACGCUCACCGACACUGAGCACGAGAACACCGAGACCGGUGCUCCCUUGCAUUGUUCAUCCGCUUCAUCAACCCCUAUUGAGCAGUCCCCCUCCCCGCCCCCCUCCCCUCCGGCCAAUGAGAGCCAGAGGCGGUUGCUAGGCAGCGGUGUGGCCCAGCCAACCCCGGACUCAGACUCUGAGGAAGAGUUUGUCCCUAAUUCAUUCUUAGUUAAAAGUGGCUCCGCCAGCCUGGGGGUCGCGGCAAACGGAAGUCCCCUGAAAGGGGCACGGAAGCCACAAGGAAUCAGACCAUCAAAGGCUGCAAGGAGCCUCAGGAGAUCAUCUAUAAAAGACAGACAAAUUGAGGCCCAGAGAGAGGAAGGGACUUGCUCAAAGUCACAGAGUUUCCUGGCCCCUCCCACCAAAUGCCAGCUGUGCUCCCCGGUCAUCAUCGCAACCCGAAAACACUCCCUUCCAGACACUGCCGGUGGAAAACCACUGCCACCCACGCGGAAGCCCAAGUCCUUGGCACUGGAGCCAGGGCCGUUGCUUUUCAUCCUCCAGAAAGUGGUGACAAACCUAGGCAAGCAGCCAUUCCUAGGGACAUUGCAGGACAACCUCAUUGAGAUGGACAUUCUCAGCGCCUCCCGCCAUGAUGGGGCUUACAGUGACGGGCACUUCCUCUUCAAGCCGGGAGGCACCUCCCCACUCUUCUGCACCACCUCACCAGGGUACCCGCUGACGUCCAGCACGGUGUACUCCCCCCCGCCCCGGCCCCUGCCCCGCAGCACCUUUGCCCGGCCAGCCUUCAACCUCCAGAAGCCCUCCAAGUACUGUAACUGGAAGUGCGCGGCCCUGAGCGCCAUCGUCAUCUCAGCCACGCUGGUCAUCCUGCUGGCAUACUUCGUGGCCAUGCACCUGUUUGGCCUAAACUGGCACCUGCAGCCGAUGGAGGGGCAGAUGUAUGAAAUCACGGAGGACACAGCCAGCAGUUGGCCUGUGCCAACGGACGUCUCCCUGUAUCCAUCAGGGGGCACUGGGUUAGAGAUCCCUGACAGGAAAGGCAAAGGAGCCACAGAAGGAAAGCCCAGUAGUUUCUUUCCAGAGGACAGUUUCAUAGACUCUGGAGAAAUCGACGUGGGGAGACGGGCUUCGCAGAAGAUUCCUCCUGGCACUUUCUGGAGAUCUCAGGUGUUCAUAGACCAUCCUGUGCAUCUGAAAUUCAAUGUGUCCCUGGGAAAGGCAGCUCUGGUUGGCAUCUAUGGCAGAAAAGGCCUUCCUCCUUCACAUACACAGUUUGACUUUGUAGAGCUGCUGGAUGGAAGGAGGCUCCUGACCCAGGAGGCACGGAGCCUGGAGGGACCCCAGCGCCAAUCUCGGGGAGUUGUCCCCCCAUCUAGUCACGAGACUGGCUUCAUCCAGUAUUUGGAUUCAGGAAUCUGGCACCUGGCUUUUUACAAUGACGGGAAGGAGUCUGAAGUGGUUUCUUUUCUCACCACUGCCAUUGAGUCGGUGGAUAACUGCCCCAGCAACUGCUAUGGCAACGGCGACUGCAUCUCUGGGACCUGCCACUGCUUCUUGGGCUUCCUGGGCCCCGACUGUGGCAGAGCCUCCUGCCCCGUGCUGUGCAGUGGGAACGGCCAGUACAUGAAGGGCAGGUGCCUGUGCCACAGCGGCUGGAAGGGCGCCGAGUGCGACGUGCCCACCAACCAGUGUAUCGACGUGGCCUGCAGCAACCACGGCACCUGCAUCAUGGGCACCUGCAUCUGCAACCCUGGCUACAAGGGCGAGAGCUGCGAGGAAGUGGACUGCAUGGACCCCACGUGUUCAGGCCGGGGUGUCUGCGUGAGAGGCGAGUGCCACUGUUCCGUGGGAUGGGGAGGCACCAACUGUGAGACGCCCAGAGCCACGUGCUUGGACCAGUGUUCAGGCCACGGAACCUUCUUCCCAGACACCGGCCUUUGCAGCUGUGACCCAAGCUGGACUGGACACGACUGUUCCAUUGAGAUCUGUGCUGCCGACUGUGGUGGCCACGGAGUCUGCGUGGGGGGCACCUGCCGCUGCGAGGAAGGCUGGAUGGGGGCGGCCUGCGACCAGCGGGCCUGCCACCCGCGCUGUGCGGAGCACGGGACGUGCCGCGACGGCAAGUGCGAGUGCAGCCCCGGCUGGAACGGCGAACACUGCACCAUCGCGCACUAUCUGGAUAGGGUAGUUAAAGAGGGUUGCCCUGGGUUGUGCAAUGGCAACGGCAGAUGUACCUUGGACCUCAACGGGUGGCACUGUGUCUGCCAGCUGGGCUGGAGAGGAGCGGGCUGUGACACAUCCAUGGAAACCGCCUGUGGUGACAGCAAAGACAACGAUGGAGAUGGCUUGAUGGACUGCAUGGACCCCGAUUGCUGCCUCCAGCCCCUCUGUCACGUCAACCCGCUGUGCCUGGGCUCCCCCGACCCUCUGGACAUCAUCCAGGAGACACAGGCCCCCGUGUCCCAGCAGAACCUGCACUCCUUCUACGACCGCAUCAGGUUCCUCGUGGGCAGGGACAGCACACACAUCAUUCCGGGAGAGAACCCCUUUGAUGGAGGGCAUGCGUGUGUCAUUCGUGGUCAAGUGAUGACAUCAGAUGGGACCCCACUGGUUGGUGUGAAUAUCAGCUUCGUCAAUAAUCCUCUCUUUGGAUACACAGUCAGCAGGCAAGAUGGCAGCUUUGACUUGGUCACAAAUGGCGGCAUCUCUAUCAUCCUCCGGUUUGAGCGGGCACCUUUCAUCACACAGGAGCACACCCUCUGGCUGCCUUGGGAUCGCUUCUUUGUCAUGGAAACCAUCAUCAUGCGACAUGAGGAGAAUGAGAUUCCCAGCUGUGACCUGAGCAACUUCGCCCGCCCCAACCCUGUCGUGUCUCCAUCCCCGCUGACGUCCUUUGCCAGCUCCUGUGCAGAGAAAGGCCCCAUCGUUCCAGAAAUUCAGGCUCUGCAGGAGGAAAUCGCUAUCUCUGGCUGCAAGAUGAGGUUGAACUACCUUAGCAGCCGUACCCCUGGCUACAAAUCUGUCCUGAGGAUCAGCCUCACCCACCCUACCAUCCCCUUCAACCUCAUGAAGGUGCACCUCAUGGUGGCAGUGGAGGGCCGCCUCUUCAGGAAGUGGUUUGCUGCGGCCCCGGACUUGUCCUAUUACUUCAUCUGGGACAAGACAGAUGUCUACAACCAGAAGGUGUUCGGGCUCUCGGAAGCCUUCGUUUCCGUGGGUUAUGAGUAUGAAUCCUGCCCAGAUCUGAUCCUCUGGGAAAAAAGAACGGCAGUGCUGCAGGGAUAUGAAAUCGAUGCUUCUAAGCUGGGAGGAUGGAGCCUAGACAAACAUCAUGCCCUCAACAUCCAAAGUGGCAUCUUACACAAAGGGAAUGGGGAGAACCAGUUUGUGUCUCAGCAGCCACCCGUCAUCGGGAGCAUCAUGGGCAAUGGGCGCCGGAGAAGCAUCUCCUGCCCCAGCUGCAAUGGCCUUGCCGACGGCAAUAAACUCCUGGCCCCCGUGGCCCUCACGUGCGGCUCUGACGGAAGCCUCUACGUGGGAGAUUUCAACUACAUCCGGAGGAUCUUCCCCUCUGGGAAUGUCACCAACAUCCUGGAGUUGAGAAAUAAAGAUUUCAGACAUAGUCACAGCCCAGCGCACAAAUACUACCUGACCACAGACCCCAUGAGCGGGGCUGUUUUCCUCUCGGACACCAACAGCCGGAGGGUCUUUAAGAUCAAGUCCACCGUGGUGGUGAAGGACCUUGUCAAGAACUCCGAGGUGGUCGCAGGAACAGGUGACCAGUGCCUCCCUUUUGAUGACACUCGCUGUGGGGAUGGUGGCAAGGCCACCGAAGCCACACUGACCAACCCCAGGGGCAUCACGGUGGACAAGUCUGGGCUGAUUUACUUUGUGGAUGGCACCAUGAUCAGACGCAUUGAUCAGAAUGGGGUCAUCUCCACCCUGCUGGGCUCCAAUGAUCUUACCUCAGCCCGGCCCCUCAGCUGUGACUCCGUCAUGGAUAUUUCUCAGGUUCGCCUGGAGUGGCCCACAGACUUAGCUAUCAACCCGAUGGACAACUCUCUCUACGUCCUUGACAACAAUGUGGUCCUGCAAAUCUCUGAAAACCACCAGGUGCGCAUUGUCGCUGGGAGACCCAUGCACUGCCAGGUCCCCGGCAUCGACCACUUCCUGCUGAGCAAGGUGGCCAUCCACGCAACCCUGGAGUCUGCCACGGCCUUGGCCGUCUCACACAAUGGGGUCCUGUACAUUGCUGAGACUGAUGAGAAGAAGACCAACCGCAUCAGGCAGGUCACCACUAGCGGAGAGAUCUCGCUGGUUGCUGGAGCCCCCAGUGGCUGUGAUUGUAAAAAUGAUGCCAACUGUGACUGUUUCUCUGGAGAUGAUGGCUACGCCAAGGAUGCAAAGCUGAAUACCCCAUCUUCCUUGGCUGUGUGUGCCGACGGGGAACUUUAUGUGGCUGACCUGGGGAAUAUCCGAAUUCGGUUUAUCAGGAAGAACAAGCCUUUCCUCAACACCCAGAACAUGUAUGAGCUGUCCUCACCAAUCGACCAGGAGCUCUACCUGUUUGAUACCAGUGGAAAGCAUCUGUACACGCAGAGUCUGCCCACAGGAGAUUACCUGUACAACUUCACCUACACUGGGGAUGGCGAUGUCACACUCAUCACAGACAACAACGGCAAUAUGGUGAACGUCCGCCGGGACUCCACCGGGAUGCCCCUCUGGCUGGUGGUCCCAGAUGGCCAGGUGUACUGGGUGACCAUGGGCACCAACAGUGCACUCAAGAGUGUGACCACGCAAGGACAUGAGUUGGCCAUGAUGACAUACCAUGGCAACUCUGGCCUUCUGGCAACCAAAAGCAAUGAAAAUGGAUGGACAACAUUUUACGAGUAUGACAGCUUUGGCCGCCUGACAAAUGUGACCUUCCCCACUGGCCAGGUGAGCAGUUUCCGAAGCGAUACGGACAGCUCAGUGCAUGUCCAGGUAGAGACCUCCAGCAAGGAUGAUGUCACCAUAACCACCAACCUGUCUGCUUCCGGUGCCUUCUAUACACUGCUGCAAGACCAGGUCCGCAACAGCUACUACAUCGGGGCAGACGGCUCCCUGCGGCUGCUGCUGGCCAACGGCAUGGAGGUGGCACUGCAGACAGAGCCCCAUCUGCUGGCCGGCACGGUCAACCCCACUGUGGGCAAGCGGAACGUCACGCUGCCCAUCGACAACGGCCUCAACCUGGUGGAGUGGCGGCAGCGCAAGGAGCAGGCGCGGGGCCAGGUCACCGUGUUCGGGCGCCGGCUGCGGGUUCACAACCGGAACCUCCUGUCCCUGGACUUUGACCGUGUGACCCGCACAGAGAAGAUCUAUGAUGACCACCGCAAGUUCACCCUCCGGAUCCUGUACGACCAGGCAGGGCGGCCCAGCCUCUGGUCACCCAGCAGCAGGCUGAAUGGUGUCAAUGUGACAUACUCCCCAGGGGGCCAUAUCGCUGGCGUCCAGAGAGGCAUCAUGUCUGAGAGGAUGGAAUACGACCAGGCGGGUCGCAUCACAUCCAGGAUCUUUGCUGAUGGGAAGACGUGGACCUACACAUACUUAGAGAAGUCCAUGGUACUGCUCCUCCACAGCCAGCGGCAAUACAUCUUUGAGUUCGACAAGAAUGACCGCCUCUCUUCUGUGACCAUGCCCAACGUGGCCCGGCAGACGCUAGAGACCAUUCGCUCAGUGGGCUACUACAGGAACAUCUACCAGCCCCCUGAAGGCAAUGCCUCGGUCAUCCAGGACUUCACUGAGGACGGUCACCUCCUCCACACCUUCUACCUGGGCACCGGCCGCAGGGUCAUAUACAAGUAUGGCAAACUGUCAAAGCUAGCCGAGAUGCUGUAUGACACCACCAAGGUGAGCUUCACCUAUGACGAGACAGCAGGCAUGCUGAAGACCAUCAACCUACAGAAUGAGGGCUUCACCUGCACCAUCCGCUACCGUCAAAUUGGGCCUCUGAUCGACCGCCAGAUCUUCCGCUUCACCGAGGAAGGCAUGGUCAAUGCUCGUUUUGACUAUAACUAUGACAACAGUUUCCGGGUGACCAGCAUGCAGGCUGUGAUCAAUGAGACCCCGCUGCCCAUCGAUCUCUAUCGCUAUGAUGAUGUGUCAGGGAAGACAGAGCAGUUUGGGAAGUUUGGUGUCAUCUACUAUGACAUUAACCAGAUCAUCACUACAGCGGUCAUGACCCACACCAAACACUUUGACGCAUACGGCCGCAUGAAGGAAGUGCAAUAUGAGAUUUUCCGCUCACUCAUGUACUGGAUGACCGUCCAGUAUGAUAACAUGGGGCGAGUAGUGAAGAAGGAGCUGAAGGUGGGACCCUAUGCCAAUACCACCCGCUACUCCUAUGAGUACGACGCUGAUGGCCAGCUACAGACGGUCUCCAUCAAUGACAAGCCGCUCUGGCGCUACAGCUAUGACCUCAAUGGGAACCUGCACUUACUGAGCCCUGGGAACAGUGCACGGCUCACCCCGCUAAGGUAUGACCUCCGUGACCGCAUCACUAGGCUGGGUGAUGUGCAGUACAAGAUGGACGAGGAUGGCUUCCUGAGGCAGCGGGGCGGGGACGUCUUUGAGUACAACUCAGCUGGCCUACUCAUCAAGGCCUACAACCGGGCCGGUGGCUGGAGCGUCAGGUACCGUUACGAUGGCCUGGGGCGGCGGGUGUCCAGCAAGAGUAGCCACGGCCACCACCUGCAGUUCUUCUAUGCAGACCUGACCAACCCCACCAAGGUCACCCACCUUUACAACCACUCCAGCUCCGAGAUCACCUCCCUCUACUAUGAUCUGCAAGGGCACCUCUUUGCCAUGGAGCUGAGCAGCGGUGAUGAGUUUUACAUAGCUUGUGACAACAUCGGGACCCCUCUUGCUGUCUUCAGUGGAACAGGUUUGAUGAUCAAGCAGAUUCUAUACACUGCCUAUGGAGAGAUCUACAUGGACACCAACCCCAACUUUCAGAUCAUCAUCGGCUACCAUGGUGGCCUCUACGAUCCACUCACCAAGCUCAUCCACAUGGGCCGGCGGGAUUACGAUGUGCUGGCUGGUCGUUGGACUAGCCCAGACCACGAGUUGUGGAAACACCUUACUAGCAGCAACAUCAUGCCUUUCAAUCUCUACAUGUUUAAAAACAACAACCCCAUCAGCAACUCUCAGGACAUCAAGUGCUUCAUGACAGAUGUCAACAGCUGGCUCCUCACCUUUGGAUUCCAGCUGCACAAUGUGAUUCCUGGCUACCCUAAGCCAGACAUGGAUGCCAUGGAACCAUCCUAUGAGCUCGUCCACACACAGAUGAAAACUCAGGAGUGGGACAACAGCAAGUCUAUCCUCGGGGUACAGUGUGAGGUGCAGAAGCAGCUCAAGGCCUUUGUCACCCUAGAACGUUUUGACCAGCUCUACGGCUCCACAAUCACCAGCUGCCAACAGGCCCCAGAGACAAAGAAGUUUGCAUCCAGUGGCUCGGUCUUUGGCAAGGGGGUCAAGUUUGCCUUGAAGGAUGGCCGAGUGACCACAGACAUCAUCAGUGUGGCCAACGAAGACGGGCGGAGGGUUGCUGCCAUCUUGAACAACGCCCACUACCUGGAGAACCUGCACUUCACCAUUGACGGGAUGGACACCCACUACUUUGUGAAACCAGGGCCCUCGGAGGGCGACCUGGCCAUCCUGGGCCUCAGUGGGGGACGGCGAACCCUGGAGAACGGGGUCAACGUCACGGUGUCCCAGAUCAACACGAUGCUCAAUGGCAGGACUAGACGCUACACAGACAUCCAGCUCCAGUAUGGGGCACUGUGCUUGAGCACUCGCUACGGGACCACAUUGGAUGAGGAGAAGGCGCGGGUGCUGGAGCUGGCCCGGCAGAGAGCCGUGCGCCAGGCGUGGGCCCGCGAGCAGCAGCGACUCCGGGAAGGGGAGGAAGGCCUGCGGGCCUGGACAGAGGGGGAGAAGCAGCAGGCGCUGAACACGGGGCGGGUUCAAGGCUACGACGGCUUCUUCGUGAUCUCCGUGGAACAGUACCCGGAACUGUCAGACAGCGCCAACAACAUCCACUUCAUGAGACAGAGCGAGAUGGGCCGGAGGUGA